AUGUCUCAGUUGCCGCAGGCGGUGCUCAUUCUGCUGGCUGGCCUGGCUCUGACGCUUUCGAGGCUCACGACCUUUGCGACGCCUACUGGAAGCUCUUCCCCACGACGGGAUUUUCUGAAGAGCAUGACAGCUGGACUUGCAGCUGGCGUAGGCACGCAGGCGAUCGAUGUGCAUCCUGCGCAGGCUGCCAUUACAAGAUGGUCGGGCCUCUACAAAGACCCCGUUCAUCCAGGUUGCGAGCGCGGGAUCACCAAGGAUGGCGACGAGUUUGUCAUCUCCGGGACCAGCGCGGUAGAUGGAUCCAAAGCCUGCGAGAAGGACGCGAAGACCAAGAAGUGGUACCUCAUCGCCCGGAAAGGAUCCGAAGGUGUGUCGGACGAGCUCAUAAUUGAUUUUUCGCCGAAGGGCGGCCCCAAGGAUGCCGUUGCAAAGUGGGACGGUGACGGCAUCGUCUUCCCAGAUGGCAACAGGUGGAGCAAGAUCAAGCGCAAGCCAGAGGAUGCUGCGGACAGCUACCUCGAUGGCCCAACGUCGCCUUUGUCCAAGUUCCGCUAG